AAAGGUGGAGUCUCUUCCGAGUACGAUGCCUUGCAUUGCAUCUCGUUAGUUCCUUGUGUGAACACGACAACCGACGACUUCCAUUGUUUUGCUUUCUUCGACUUCUCAUACCGUACCAAUUCACAAUAACUCAAGUAUGGCAUCAAUCACUGCAAACACGAAACACAAGGUGAGAGUCCCUUCUACAAAGAAGGUAGUGGCGGGCAGGUCUAAGGCAGGUGCCAAAAAAGCGGUUUCAAAACGUGGAUCUAUCGCCCCUUUAAUGAAGCCCGCUACGCUCGCAACACCUGCGAAAAUUGAGGAACUCAAUGGUUUGGAUCAGGCUGAACAAAGAAUUCAAGUGACGAAUAUGUGCAGACUUGCCAUGGGGGAACAGAUUUUGAUUGAUAGAAGCAAACCUCAUGCUGCCAGUACAACUAGAGACCGGAUCGGAGCAGCGGCAGACCUUGCAACUGCAGCGAAAGAGCUGGGCAUCAAAUUCGUUCUGAAAGAAUGUGAAGUAAUGGAUGAAAUGCAAAGAAUGCUGUUCCCCGAGGGAAUAACCAAAACGUUUGGAAACGACGAUGCAAGCGUCGGAGGGUUGAAACCUAGUAUUUCAGCUGUUAGUCUUGCAAGCAUGGGGAGCUGUGGUACGGAUGAGAUGACUGCUUUUACCGAAAGAACCACUGGAACAGACUCGAAUAGGGGGAAAUCAACUCCUGCAAACGCUAGAGAAGGAUCCCUCUUGAUUAUAAGAGCUUUUUGUGAGAUCAUAGGAAAACCUGCCGAGCCAUAUGUUGUUGGGGCUUUCAUUGCAGCAGCUCUCGACGAAUGCGGUAGUAAUUCAAACUCGGUCAGAGAGGCAGCAGAAGAUACCGCGACAGCACUCGUUAAACUUUCAAAUCCGUUCGUUUUCACCAGCCUACUUUCACCGCUGUUGCUAAAAGCGAUGAAAUCAUCUGAAUGGAGAGUCAAAGUGAAUGCGUUGGAUCGUCUUGCACAGUGCGCCGAAACCGCUCCGAAACAGGUUUGUAGCGCUCUACCGGCCCUGAUUCCUGGUGUCACGGGACAAGUUUGGGACACAAAAGCUCAGGUGAACAAAGCCGCAGGAUCGUGCUUGAUGGCAAUUUGUAAAACCAACCCCAACCCCGAUGUGAAACCAGCGAUCCCAGCUGUUGUCAAAGCUGUAUGCAAACCUUCGGAGACAAACAAGGCUGUAUCGGAGCUGAUGUCGACUACCUUUGUUGUAACAGUGGAUGCCCCUACUUUGUCAAUGCUUUGUCCUGUGUUGUCCCGUGCCUUGAAGGAGAAAUUAGCAAUUCAUAAGCGCGCUGCUUGUAUUGUGAUAAAUAACAUGAGCAAGCUGGUUGGUUCUCCUGAGGAUGUUGCUCCAUUUGGAGGUCUCUUGGUCCCUGAACUCAAAAAGGUAGCCAGUAGCGUUCAAUUUGAAGAAAUUCGUGACGAGGCGCUAAAGGCUCUUGCAAGUCUAACCAAGGCCCUCGGUGAUUCCUACAAACAGGGCGACGAGGACGGCGCAGCAGAAGCGGCACGGUUAGAAGAAGAAAAAGCAGCGGUAGAAGCUGAACAGGAACGAAUUCGACAGGAACGAGACGCCGAGAAGGCAAAAGAAGAAGCGUUUAGGAAGAAAGAGGAAGAAGAAAAGCGAAAAUAUAAGGAAGCAAUGGAUGCGCAACGUCAACUGAACAAAAUGGCAGAAGAGAAGGCCAAAAAAGAAAAGGAGGAGGCAAAUAAGAAAAAGGAAGCUGCAAGACUUAGUACAAAGGCACAGGGUGGGAAAUGCCAAGGUUGUGGGCUAAAGAAAUGCAAGAAAACCUGUCCGUUUAAAAAGUAAAUGACUAGCCAUAAAAGAUAAUGAAUUGACAUAAAGUUU